AUGGAAAGUUUGGCUCAAAAAAAAUCAAAAAUAGAAGUUAAUUCUGGUGUUGAAAUUGAUUUGAAUUUAUUAAAAGAUGUUGAGCAUCUGAAAGGAAAGUUUUUCACGGGUUUAGUUUGGUGUUUGGAUGGAACAGAACUAGAGCCAGAAGGUGUUGAUCAAAAUCAAAUUAAAAAUGACACAUCAUUUACAAUCUGCUUUGCAGAGAAACAAAAUGGGCCAGACGAAGCAAGCGAGCAUAUAGAUUUAGCUCACCAAGAUAUUGAAAAUUUUAAGAGAAGAAUCAGCUAUUGGACAAGUACAUGCUCAAGAAACGAAGGACUGAAACAAGUUAUUGGUAGCAAAUGGUUGAGCAAGAAAUGA